AAGUCAGCAGCUCCAUUUUGUGUGGAGUGAAAACUAAAAGAUUUGAGGAGUAAAAACACAAAUGAUGGAGGGAAAGAGAUCAGACUCACCAGACCCCAGCUGUGUGUCCAUGAAGAGUGACAAGUCAAUGGGACGUCCAAUACACUUCAGAGAUGGAGACAGUCCUACUGAUGUGAGAAUGAUGGAGGGAAAGAGAUCAGACUCACCAGAACCCAGCUGUGUGUCCAUGAAGAGUGACAAGUCAAUGGGACGUCCAAUACACUUCAGAGAUGGAGACAGUUCUACUGAUGUGAGACCACAAAAAUCAAACAUCAGCACAAAUCAGCUGGACUCUAUAUUCAAGGAGCUGGAACACAAAGUCAUCACUCUGAUAAAGAAUGAGCUGAAGAGGUUUAGGAAGCUCCUGAGUCCAGAUUACCCAGCAUGCACUGAGAGGGAGGUGGAGGAUGAGGAGGAUCUGCACAGUGUCAGAGACGGAGCGCUGAAGAUCACACUGCACGUCCUGAAGAACAUGAACAACACAGAUCUCGCUAACACACUGCAGAACAAACUCGCCUCUGUGUAUCAGACAAAGUUGAAGUCCAAUUUGAGAGAGAAGUUUAACAGAAUUAAUGAAGGAAUCUCACAGCAUGGAAGCUCAGCACUUCUGAAUGAGAUCUACACUGAGCUCUACAUCACAGAGGGUUGGAGUGGAGGCGUCAAUAAUGAACAUGAGGUGAGACAGAUUGAGGCAGCGUCCAGGAGACCAGCAACACAGGAGAAACCCAUCAAAUGUAAUGAGAUCUUUAAAGACAAGUCCAUCAGAACUGUGCUGACUAAAGGAGUUGCUGGAAUUGGAAAAACAGUCUCUGUGCAGAAGUUCAUCCUGGACUGGGCUGAAGGAGAAGUAAAUCAGGACGUCACCUUCAUGUUUCCACUUCCCUUUAGAGAGCUGAAUCUGAUGAAGCAGCAAAAUCUCAGUCUGAUGAAACUUCUUCAUCACAUUUUCCCAGAAAUAAGAAAACUGGGAUCAAUAGACUGUGACUCCUACAAAGUGGUGUUGAUCUUUGAUGGUCUGGAUGAGUGUCGACUUCCUCUAAAUUUCCAGAAGAAUGAGAUAUUGUGUGAUGUGACAGAGUCAGCCUCAGUGGAUGUGCUGCUGACGAACCUCAUCAAGGGGAAUCUGCUUCCCUCUGCUCUCCUCUGGAUAACCACAAGACCAGGAGCAGCCAAUCAGAUCCCUCCUGAGUGUGUAGACCAGGUAACAGAGGUACGAGGCUUCAGUGAUCCUCAGAAAGAGGAGUACUUCAGGAAGAGGAUCAGUGAUCAGAGCCUGGCUGAUAACAUCAUCACUCACCUGAAGUCUUCAAGAAGCCUCUACAUCAUGUGUCACAUCCCAGUCUUCUGCUGGAUCUCAGCCACUGUUCUAGAGAGAAUGUUGGGUGGAGCAGAGGGUGGAGAGAUCCCCAAGACUCUGACUCAAAUGUACACACACUUCCUGAUCUUUCAGAUCAAACACAAGGACCAAAAGUACCAUCAGAAAUGUGACCCUGAUCCUCAGCAGACCAGAGAGAGUAUCAUGGCACUGGGAAAACUGGCUUUCCACCAGCUGGAGAAAGGAAACCUGAUCUUCUAUGAGGAAGACCUGAGAGAGUGUGGCAUUGAUGUCAGAGAAGUGUCAGUGUACUCAGGAGUAUGUACCCAGAUCUUCAGAGAGGAGUUUGGUCUUCACCUGGGGAAGGUGUUCAGCUUCGUACAUCUGAGUGUUCAGGAGUUUCUGGCUGCUUUAUACACAUUUCUCUGCUUUAUUAGCAGAAAUGUAACAGAACAUCAAACCUCUGAUCUGUCUGAUCUUUUCAGGAAGUCAAACCUGUCUGAUCUCCUCAGGAGUUCAGUGGACAAAGCCUUACAGAGUGAAAAUGGACACCUGGACCUGUUCCUCCGCUUCCUUCUGGGUCUCUCACUGGAGACCAAUCAAACUCUUUUACGAGACUUAAUGCCACAGACAGGAAGCAGAUCUCACAGCCAACAGGAAACAGUGGAGUACAUCAAGGAGAAGAUCAGGGAGAAUCCAUCUCCAGAGAAAUCCAUCAAUCUGUUCCACUGUCUGAAUGAACUGAAUGAUCAUUCUCUAGUGCAGGAAGUACAAACUUACCUGAACAGAGGAAGUGACAGUCGUCUCAUAGGAACCAGACUCUCUCCUGCUCAGUGGUCAGCUCUGGUGUUUGUGUUACUGACCUCAGAACAGGAGCUGGAUGUGUUUAAUUUGAGGAAAUAUAAUCCAUCACAUGAAGGUCUUCUGAGGCUGCUGCCUGUGGUCAAAGCCUCCAGAAAAGCUGAUCUGCGUGGGUGUAAUCUGACAGAGGAAAGCUGUAGAGUUCUGUCCUCAGUUCUCAGCACAAACUCCUCCAGUCUGAGAGAACUGGACCUGAGGGGCAAUAAACUGCAGUAUUCAGGAGUGAAGCUGCUCUCUGAUGGACUGAAGGAUCCACAAUGUUCACUGGAGAAACUGAGUCUGUGGGGGUGUAAACUGACAGAGGAAAGCUGUAGAAUUCUGUCCUCAGUUCUCAGCUCAAACUCCUCCAGUCUGAGAGAACUGGACCUGAGUAACAAUAAACUGCAGGAUUCAGGAGUGAAGCUGCUCUCUGAUGGACUGAAGGAUCCACACUGUACACUGGAGAUACUGAGUCUGUGGGGGUGUUAUCUGACAGAGGAAAGCUGUAGAGUUCUGUCCUCAGUUCUCAGCUCAAACUCCUCCAGUCUGAGAGAACUGGACCUGAGUGUCAAUAAACUGCAGGAUUCAGGAGUGAAGCUGCUCUCUGAUGGGCUGAAGGAUCCACACUGUACACUGGAGAGACUGAGGAUGCGUUACUGCAGUAUUACAGAUAAAGGUUGUGCUGCUCUGGCUUCAGCUCUGAGGUCAAACUUCUCAUCACACCUGAGUGAACUGAAUCUGAACCGUAAUAAACCAGGAGAAUCAGGAGUGAAGCUGCUCUCUGAUCUACUGAAGGAUCCACACUGUAAACUGGAGACACUACACAUUAAUGGUAAUAAACUCACCAGGUCUGGUGUAUGACAGGAGUCUCUCCUCAGACCUUU